AAUAUUGGGAAAAGUUCAUUUAAAUAGUUGUUGUAGGUGGUGUAUUAGAAAUGGCUGUAGUUUAAAUAUACUGUGUAAGACUGAGAAUUUUUUGUAUUGGUGUGUACAUUACAUAUAUAUACUGUAUUGUUAUUGUUUAUACGUGUUUUUUGUAAAUAAUGUAAGAAAUGAUGAACAAAACAACGAAAGUGAAUUAGCAAGUUUUUUAUUCCGUUUUAUUAUUCAAGUGUUAAAUUUUCAUUAUGGUUUAAACUAUUUCAGGUAAUUAUUAGAAAAAUUCAAUUUUAACUGAUUAAUUCAAAAAUGAGUGACUCUAAUAACAAAGUGGUCAAAACCUUCAGUGGGAAACUGUUUAGCGAUAUGAGUCACUUUGUGAAUGCGGACGGUCUUCAUAUUUUUACCAACUGUUGGGAACCUAAAGGAGAUGUUAACUUCCUGGUUUGUAUGUUACAUGGGUUUGGUGGUCACUGCAUUCGAUUCAAUGAACUUGCUUCGUAUUUCACAGAAAUUGGAGGCCUGGUGUUCAGCCAUGAUCAUAUUGGUCAUGGAGAGAGUGAAGGAUCACGAACAACUGUUGACGAUUACAACAAGUUGAUACGAGACACUUAUCAACAUGUUGAUAUUAUGGUGGAAAAAUAUCCCGGAAAACCUGUGUAUAUUUUCGGACAAUCAAUGGGAGGAGCAUUAGCUGUACUUGCUGCACAUGCAAAACCAACCUUGUUCAAAGGAGUUAUUCUAGUUGGACCAAUGUUGUUAAUAGAUCCUGGAUUACAAUCUUCAUUCAGGAGGGUCUUGGUAAAAAUGGCUGCAUAUUUGCUGCCUAAUGUUGUUCUAACUUCACUACCAGAAUCAAGGGGUUCAAGGGACCAGGAUGAGAUAAAAAUUAGCCAAGAAGAUCCGCUAAAAAGCUGUGAUGUGAAAAGUGAAAUGGCAUUACAACUUCUACGCAUUGGAGAGCAGUUAGAAGUAGUGAUGCCACAAUUUACGUGCCCAUUCAUUACCUUGCAUGGUGGGGAUGAUUCCACAUGCAGUGUUGAAGCAUCAAAGUUGAUACAUAGGGUUGCUAAAAGCGAAGAUAAAACUUUAAAGAUAUAUGAACUAUGUCGUCAUGAUUUGGUCCAUGAACUACAAGAAGAUAGAAUCAAAUGUUUUACUGAUAUUCAGAAUUGGCUGAAAGAAAGAUUGCAACUCAAUUCUUAGUAAUCACACCAUAUUAAUUAUUUUAUCUAAUAAAAUUUAGAUUAUUCUUAUCUUUUAUCAAUUUCACUUCUAAAGUCCCAAGCAUGAAUAUUAAAUAUACUGUUAAUAAAGCGACAUAAAUGUUAUUUAUUUCCUAAUUAUACGAUACCAAAAAAUUACUCUACCGUUUAGUUUUCUUUACUUUUCCUCUCUAAGUAAAUAUUGAUUGUAUAGUACUAUGUGGGAUACCAUUAACACUCAAUACCAUAUUUCCUGAUCGUGUUUUAAAUAAUUAACAACACUCUAUCAGAGUCGCGGAGCUACAACUAUACAAUUCUGUGUCUGUAAAUUUCCAUUGGUUACUACCAAAUGGGACUGAAAUAAGAUUGAAAAAUAUGUCCCAUGUUACUCCACCCCACUAUACUUCUGUUUCGUCACGUCAGCGUACCAAGCCGCAGCCUCCAAGUGACGUUUCAGUUCUACCUCUGUUUUGGUGCUGUAAUCAAUGUCUUGUGGUUGUUUUAUCUUUUUUACUCCAAAUCGAAUUAAAGAUUUCAAGAACGUG